AUGUCAACAGAAAUCUACAGAACGGGAAUGAAUUGCCCACCUUUGGAGCCUGGAGUACUUCGGAUCUACGGCACUAAAACUUGUCCAUAUGUCCAGAGAUGCCUCCUGCUGCUUCAUGCUAAAGACAUAUCUUAUGAAUUUAUAUAUGUCGAUCUUGAGAAAAAACCCGAGUGGCUUUUCAAGCUGAAUUCUGUUGGAAAAGUUCCAAUUUUGCAACAAGAUAGCAAGGUCCUCUACGAGUCUAUGGUCUUGUUCGAGUACUUGGAUGAAACCUACGGAGCAGAGAAUUCACUGAUUCCCGCUGACCCGUACUGCAAGGCGAAAGACAAGCUCUUUAUUGAUGUCGUCACGAAUGCGUUCAUGCCAGCCUUGAAGAUUAUGUACAAAAGCGAAAACAGGAAGGAUAUCUGGAUGGAGCAAACAAGAAAUUUCCGGAGAUUCGAAGCAGAACUGAAGGAAAGAAACACAAAUUUCUUUGCAGGAGACGUUCCCGGUUUUGCUGACUACAUGAUCUGGCCAUUUUUCUGCAUCGCCUUCUGCGCACCGGUCAUAUUUAAAGACCUCAAGGCUCCAUCGUCCGAGGAUUUUCCGCGUCUUGUGCAGUGGGUGGAGGCGAUGAAGAAAAACAAGGCGGUUCUGGAAACUCAACUUGACAAGCACAUCAUCGACUACUGGAGCAGGGCUACCAAUGAAAUGCCAGGCGUCGUCGUUCGCUGA